AUGACAGACAAUAGCAGUGCACCUAUUGAUUUACGUAUUAAACGUAAACGUGUCGAUGUCAAUGACGAUAAAUUAUCAACGAAGAAAAAAUCUCGUAAUCAUCAUGAUAGUGAAAUUCCACUUGAUUUAUCUGUUAAAUCACAACAGCAAUCUUCACAAUAUUCCUUAUCUACACCAACAGUUCCUCUCUAUAAUCCAACAAAUUUAUUCUUCAAUUCAUCUGCUUUAUUCUAUGAUCUAUUCUUGGCAAAUUUAAAUGUUUAUUGCCAACAGCAACAACAACAGCAGCUGCAACAACCUUUGAAAGUUGAACCAUCCAAAUCUACUAAACAACAAUCUGCAAUACUUCCUUCUCGUUUAAUAAGAGAUAAUUCUACAACAAAUAAACAUGAAUCUUAUGCUUGUUCAUGUGGAGAAAGAUAUUCAAAUGUUGCACAACUUGUUAGUCAUCUUAAAAUAACAAAUCAUAGUGCACAAUUAUCUUCAACACAUGAUGAAGUUGCUAAACUUGUUCGUGGACAAGAUAUUUGGUUGUCACGUGAUACAAAUCCAGCUAAUCAAAUAUUAAAAUGUCUUCGUUGUUCAUUAUCAUUUGAAACAUUACCUGAUUUAACAGCACAUAUGAUGAAAACAAAUCAUUUUACACAAUUUUCACCAUCACCAUCAUCAUCAUCAUCGAGUUCAUAUCAACAUUCAAGUCUCAAACAACAACAGCAGCAACAACAACAACAAUCACCAACGAAAUUAUCGUCACGUUCAACAUGUCUUGUUUGUUCUCAACAAUUUGCACGUGAAGUUGAUCUUGUUGAUCAUUUACAACGUUUACAUCAAAUACGUUUUAAUUGUACAACAUGUGGAAUGUAUUUUGAAAAUGAAAGUCUUUAUAAAGAACAUUUAUUAAAAGAAAUGCAUCAUAGAAAUGGUAAAACAAAUAAAAAUCGAGAUUAUUUUAUUAAUCAAUGUAGUAAAGUAUCACAAAAACGAUUAAUUACUGAAAUAAAAUCUGAAAGACCAAAAUCUCGAUCAUCAAUUGAUAAAGAUGUUGAACGUGUUACAUCUGAUUUACUUGAUCGUAUUGCUUCAAAAGAUGAAACAACAAAUGGUAAUGCUUUAUCAUUAUUACAAAAUUUUGUUAUUAAACAAACACCAACAACAACACUAUUAAAUACUUUAAAUCGACGAACACAAAUUGAUUUAAAUAAUAAUUGUGACGAUGAAAAUAAUGAUCAAAAUAUGACAAAUUUAUCUUUAUUAAAUCAGACAAAAUCAAAUGAAAAUCCUCUAGCUUCAUUAGAAAAAAUGCUUGCUUGUUCAACAGCUCCAACUGAAUUACCUUCAUCAUCUAUAAAUGAAAAUGGAACUAAGAAAAAAAAAUUCGAUAAAUAUCGUUUAUUUGCUGAAAAAAUGCCUCGAUCAACUUUAUCUUAA